AGGACAUACCUUGAAAACAACUAUGUAAACGAACACAAACCUCCAAGGAAUUGGGUUACAACUUAUAAAACCAAGAAAUCAUAGGCGUAAUAAACAAGCAAAAAAGAGUCAUAGUAGUAACUUUGUAAGCAAUAUAAAAGGGGACUUAAUGACUCUGUGAAUUUUCAAGUUCUAUUACAAGUAAUAACUAAAGUACAAGAUAACCAUAUGGAUCAAAAUCAAACACCAUCAACAACAACCAUGGACCAAACAUCAACAACAACAAUGAACCAAAACCAAACAUCAUCAACUUCAGCAGUGUCACCUAUGAUGGUUGGCUUGAAACCACUGAUGAAACCUUUAGCGAUUAGAGCCAUUACAUUCAUUUUCUUGUUUGUGUCAUUGAUUGUCAUUGCCACUGACAGCUUUGAAACAUCGGAAACAUUGGAAACAUUGGAUGAGUAUGAUUUUACACUCAAUGUUAAAGCCAACGUUAAGUCCAGUGACUUCUCUGCUUACCGUUAUAUGAUAUCUGCAGAUGCGAUUGGAAUGGCCUACACAUUGCUAAUAGUUUGGUUAACAAUUUCCCAUGUGAAAUCUGGAAGUCCCAUUGACAGUGGCCUUGCUUAUUUUGAAUUCUACAGUGAUAAGGUUAUAUUAUUCCUACUAUCGACUGGUGCUGCUGCUGGAUUAGGACUUACUGUGGAAUUUAACAGAGUUACGCAUAAAGAAAUUAUCUCUGACAAACAAAAAUUUAUCAACAUGGCAAAUGCUUCUGCUAGCUUGCUUCUUCUUGGAUCUAUUUCCUCUUUUAUAUCCUCUGUCGUUUCCUCUCUUAAUCUUCCAAAGAGAUGUUAAUAUGACAAUGUUGCUUGGAUUCUCUAAAAUGUAUUGCACUCGUCUCGGAUUUUUUAAAGUUGCAUAGCUUUUGAAGGAUUCACUCCACACCGAUGAUAUAUUUGAAGAGUUCGAGCAACACAAAAGAUUAGGAACACACAAACAUCAAACAUUUGGACCAUGCUAGCUAAUGCAAUUCACAAUAUGUUUUCUUUUUUUCCAAAUUUUGAUUAUUGUUUUCUUGUUGAAAAGCAAUUGAUGAUAAGAUAUGAAUAAAUUGCAUGUCUGAGAAUGGCGUGUCAUGUUUAUGAAUUACCGAUAGCGUGGAUUUUUUUUAUACUAUCAUUGUAAUUUUACCUGUUAUAACAAGUUAUUUACUUUAUUUUGUAGCUGCUUUUUUUUUUUUUAAUUCAUUUUUUUGACUAAUUGAGCGAUCGAAGAUGUUAAGUAAAGUGUUUGAUGUGUUUUAAUUUUUGUAUUGUCAAUUUAUAGUUGAUUUUGUUGUUUUUUUAGUUCAAUUUUUGACUUAUUAAGCGAUGGAAGAUGUUUAUGAUUUUGAUUUUUGACAUGUUUUUAGUUUUCCGAUUGUUAAAUUUCUAGCUGAUUUUGUUAUUUUUUUAGUUCAAUUUUUGACUAAUUAAGCGAUCGAAGAUGUUUUCGACAUCAUUGAAGAAAAGUGCUUAAUAUGUUCAUUAAAAAGCUGAUAUUUUAUAAUUUUAUGCUUUUGAUAUGUUUUUAAUUAUCCGAUUGUUAAUUUUGUAGCUUAUUUUGUUGUUUUUUAGCUCAAUUUUUGACUGAUUAGGACGAUCUAAGAUGUUAAUAAGUUAGACUAGGGAAAAAUAUGUAGGACAGUUUUUAUUUUGAUUCAGGUGAUUUUUGAUUUAUCUUGUUUGUUUGUUGUCAAUUUGUAGCUUAAUUUGUAUGUGUGUGAUUCCAAUUAAGACGAUCCGAGUGUUUGAUAUUCUGUAAUGUUCCUAUUGUUAAUUUGUAGCUGAUUUUGUCGCUCUUUUUAGUUCAAAUUUUGACUAAGUUAAGCGAUGGAAGAUGUUUUCGAGGUCACCGAAGAAAAGCAACAAUCUCUGUAUUUUUGAACUGUUGAUUUAUAAUUUUAUGGAUUUGAUACGUUUUAAAUUUUCCUGUUAAUUUUGUAGCUGAUUUUGUUGUUCUUUCUAGUUCAAUUUUGACUUAGUUAAGUGAUCGAAGAUGUUUUUGAGGGCACUGAAUAAGACUGCUUGAUAUGUUGUAAUAUUGUAGCUGAUUUUGUCGUUUUUUAGUUCAAUUUUUGACUAAAUUGAGGGAUUGAUGUUUUUGAUGGCAUUGAAGGAGAGUGCUUGAUAUGUUUUAAAUUUCCUGUUGUUAAUUUAUACUAGCUAAUUUUGUUGUUCUUUUAAUUUAAUUUUUUACUAAUUAAGCGAUCGAAGAUGUUUUUGAGCGCACCGAGGAAGAGUGCUUGAUAUGUUGUAACUUUUCUGUAGCUAAUUUUUAGCUGACAAGUUUUCUAGGUUCAAUUUUUGACUAAUUAAGCGAUCAAAGAUGCUUGGGAGGGCACUGAAGAAGAGUGCUAGAUAUGUUGCAAUUUUGCUAUUGUUA